AUGUGGUUCCCUACCGUGCGAAGCUCUCGCGGCGAGGGGGCCACAGACGACGAGCAGCAGCAGCGUCGCAGCGGCGACGGCAGCGGUGGCCAGCAUGGUUCUUCUUCGGUGACGGCGGCCCGCUCGGACAGCCGGCGCACUGACUGUUGCUGCAGUCCCCUCUCGAUGGAGCUCCUCGCUGCAGCCGCUGCAGGCUGCGGCGUUGCUGCCAGGCCCCCAGCCAACGAGAGCCGAAUCGUGGGCGGAACGCCGACCGACAUCGACCAGUGGCCCUGGCAGGUGUCGCUGCACCACCGCCGUCCUUCGUCAGGCGCUCCUGGACGUCGUCUCUGCGCGGCGAGCCUCGUGUCCGCAUCGUGGCUCCUCACCGCAGCUCACUGCCUGCUAGACCCCGCAGCGACCGACGGAGCAGGGCGCCUGCUGCCGGCGGGCCUGUGGCUAGCCUGCCGGGCCGGCAAGUGUGUGCGCCUGCGCCGGCUUGCAGUGCACGCGAGGUUCCAGCGUCACAACUACACGCACGACGUGGCGCUCGCCGAGCUGGUGCAGCCGCUUCCUCAGCCCGCUGCGCCCAUCUGCUUGCCCUUGUCCUCCGGAGGGUCCGGGGCCGUGGGUCGGCGCUGCGUCAUCACCGGCUGGGGCGCCCGGCGACCGCUGGUCGGUCGCGCCCCGCAGCUGCACCAGGCGGCGCUGCCGGUGCUGCCGUGGGACCUGUGCCGGCGUGCGUAUCCGUGGGCCGCGGCUCUACGCCGCUGGCUGCUGUGCGCGGGACUCUGGAAAGGCGGCCGGGGUCCCUGUCACGGUGACUCGGGAGGGCCGCUCCAGUGCCAACGCAGCGACGGCCGCUGGCAGCUGUCCGGCCUCGUAUCCUGGGGCGCAGGCUGCGGUCGUCCCGGCCGACCAGCCGUGUUCGUGCGCGUGGCCGCCUACCGGCGCUGGAUACGAGACACAACCAAGCGCCUGCAGCACCGAAACCAAGCCACGCCACGCGACAGAGACCAUUGGCCGCAAGAUGCAGUGCGCGAACACGGCACGGGCCGCCCGCUUUUCUCGGUGUUGUCGUUCCACGCUUUCGUGCCGUGACGACCGCCGUGUGUCGAUGAGUUUGUGCGUCCUCCGUGCCUCUCGCAGCGCCGCAACGCUCGCACCUUGCGCAGGGAAUACGUACUCCCAGCUCGGAUGCUUUUCUUUUUCUUUCCUUUCCUUUUUUUUCUUUUUUUUUUGGUGGUCCGAAAGAGUUUCAAUAAAGACGGCGUCGAAGAGA